UCAUCUACUUGUUUCAGACCCGAAACUUCGCCAAAAAUAGCUGACUUUCCUCCAAAAGUAGUGCUGAAACCCUAAAUUAUCGUUGGCAGCCAAACAAUGAAUCUCGCAGCUAUUUCACAGAUCAGAUUAUUUAGUGCUUCUUUUGUGAAAAAAUUAGCUGUUAUUUGAUCAUGUACUGAGCUAGAGAGACAGAAAAACAUAUAUAAUAUAUAUAUAUAUAUAUAUAUAUAUAUAUAUAUAUAAUAUAGAGAGAAAAGAAGGAAUGACGAUCUUGUAUUCGCUGGUGGCAAGAGGAUCGGUGGUGCUGGCGGAGUUCACCACCGCGACAACGAAUGCGAACGCCACGGCUCGCCAGAUACUGGAGAAGAUACCACAAGGGAACAAUGACAGCAAUGUGUCGUACUCUCAAGAUCGCUAUAUUUUUCAUGUGAAGAAGACCGAUGGCCUCACCGCUCUUUGUAUGGCCGAUGACACGGCCGGAAGGAGAAUCCCUUUUGCAUUUCUUGAAGAUGUACAUCAAAGAUUUGUAAGGACAUAUGGUCGGGCUAUUCAUUCAGCUGCUGCCUAUGCAAUGAACGAAGAAUUUUCAAGAGUCUUGAGCCAACAGAUGGACCAUUACACAAAUGACCCAAAUGCAGAUAGGAUAAACCGGUUGAAAGGUGAAAUGAGUCAGGUGCGGAAUGUCAUGAUAGAGAAUAUUGAUAAAGUUCUAGACAGGGGUGACCGCUUGGAGAUACUAGUUGAUAAAACUUCCGGAUUUCAAGGAAAUGCAUUUCACUUCAAAAAGCAAUCUCGUCGUUUCAGAAGCACAAUGUGGUGGAGAAAUGUCAAGCUCACGUACGGUCAUAUUGGUUAUCCUUCUCUUGAUUAUCACCUACGUUGUACUCGCAUUUGUUUGCCAUGGCCCCUUGCUGCCAUCCUGCCUGAAGUAAACACAGCAUUUGUUGUUAAUUGGUGUUACAUCUCUUGUUGGCGGAUUAUAGUUUGAAGUUCCCAAGUAACUUUUUGUGUCAAGAUCUCAGUGAUAUUUUCAAGGGUUCUUAAAUUAUUGUCUAUGCGUCAGCUGAUUCUGUAUUUUUUCAGAAAUACAACAUUUAAUUGUUAUGCAAUGGUUGGUGGAGAAAAAAAGAAGAAAAAUAAAAAAGAAUAUAUGUUGUAUAAGGUGAACUGAACUUUACUACUUGAGAUUUGAGUGUUAUAACAGAAUAUGUGGUGGUAUGCAUUUAUUGCAUGAAUGAAGUUAUGCCAUAUGAACACAAUUCCAUUGAAAAGAGAAUACAGCUGCUUGUGCUAGCCCUGUAAGCAAAAUUCUCAGAUUUCUCAUCUUUUUCUCCAAUUCUCAAUCUAAUGGCUAGUUGCCUUUUCAUUUUGUGAUUAA